AUGUACGGAACCACAAUGCAAGGUGGCUAUUUAGACGGAAGCGGAUUCCAGAAUGGUCUCUACGCUCCUCUCGGAUAUGACGGAAGUUCAAUAAAGCUCCAUCAUGGCCAUUUCCAAGAAACACAAGAAAACUGCUAUCAUGGAUACAACAGCCCGCUUUCCGGAAGUGUUCAUUACACAUCGCGCGAGCCGCCAUCAUAUUCCGAAUCCGCGGUGUUCCAAAAUGGCUACAUUUCCGGAGCCGGAUCGCCUUACUAUAAAAUGGCCGGAAAUACUGAGUUUACAGGACUUUCCAGAGAAGGUAUGCUUCUUAAGACAGACAUUGUUGACAACCAUAUGGCCGAAGGUGUGAUUGGUCAACGGUACGAAAGUGAAGUGAACGAAAUGACUGGGGUACCAAGCGACCAACACCAACAGACAAGUGAUCAACAUAAUCUAAAGCUAGUUUCUGAACACAUUUCAGAAUUUAAAACUGACUUAAACUUACAAGAACCUUUACCGACCGAGAAUUCCUCCGAAUGUUUGAAUUCUGUUGAAUUAAAAGAAACAGACGAACUCUGCAAAGCAGACGACAGUGUUGAAAGUGGCGCGCUCGCAACUGAUGACGACAAAGCGCGCGGAAAUUCUGAUGUUAAACCGGCUUUGUCGUAUAUUGCUCUCAUAGCAAAAGCUAUACUGGAGUCUAACCAGAAAAGACUGAGUUUAGGUUCGAUUUAUAAUUGGAUCGAAAAGAACUAUCCAUAUUACAUUAACAAAGGUCAGGGAUGGCGAAACAGCGUCCGUCAUAACCUGUCGUUAAAUGAUUGUUUCAUUAAAGCAGGCCGCUGUGAGGACGGGAAGGGGAACUAUUGGGCCAUCCAUCCGGCCAAUAUCCAGGACUUCAUGCGAGGGGACUUCCGUCAAAGGCGGCGCUCCCGCCGCCGCGGCCGAAAGAAGGACUGCGAUUUGGGAAUGUACCACAUGGCGAACGGCUACCUCGGAACGACACCGCCCAUUGCCCCAAGUGUUCCAUUUAACCCAGCCCCAGCGCUCAGUUCGAUUUACUCCCCCUAUACGGAGGCGGAGCGGCGCGCCUACCGUCUCGACGACGCUCUCUUGCGACAGAACAUGAACAAUCCUUUCAUGAAAUGGUACCAUGGAAACGGUAGCUAUGGCAACCAGACGCCCGGAUGUAACAGCGCCGUUUACAACAGCCCUUCACCCCAAUGGCAGACGGGAUAUCCGGAACAACCCACAUAUCCGCUCAACGCCGCUCUUUCGACUAGGUGGAAAUUACACCACUCCAACACUCGUUUGAGAAGUAGAAGAAAAGCAAAAUGGGAGAUGAAACAAAACUGGACAAAAUGGGAAGAGAAACAAGAUGGGAAAAAUGGAAAAAGAAACAAAAUGGGGGGAAAUGGGAAGAGAAACAAAAUGGGGAAAAUGGGAAGAGAAACGAAAUGGGGAAAAUGGGUUAAGAAACAAAAUGGGAAAAAUGGAGGAGAAGCAAAAUGGGGAAAAUGGGAAAAGAAACAAAAUGGGGAAAAAUGGGAAGAGAAACAAAAUGGGGGAAAUGGGAAAAGAAACAAAAUGGGAAGAGUAAAACUAUGGACCAGCAGCAGGAAAAUAGUUUAA